AUGAAAUGUAAGGUUUUUGAACUGAGUGUCUUGGCUGCCAUUGCUGUUCUCUUCAACAACCCAGCUAUAGCAAAACCAACAGAGUUGCAAUCACAUCAAAACGAAAUAAAACGAACGAUUCAGUCUAACUUGGCUACAAGCAGACUAUAUCUACAGGGUCAUACAUCUAACAGAACGGUACCGGAAUCUGACGCAGGAUAUCCUUUGCCUACUGACUGGCAUUGUCUUUCUUUAACUCGAUGGCGUGACCUGGGAGAAAACUAUUACCCAAGAUUUAUAAAGCAAGAAUUAUGUACUUCAAGGCAAUGUUACAACGAUUUCUACACGUGCUUUCCGCAGUAUUACCCAUUAACAGUACUGAGAAAACGUCGUGAUAAUGAGGAAUCACGUGAAGAAACAGCCCUUCCUCUGCAGCUCAGAGAAAUGUGGGUGUUUGAAGUAAUAGAUGUGCCAGUGGCCUGUAUGUGUGGAACAGGAUAA